AGGGGAGGAGAAGUGACAGAGGACCUGAUGCCUGCUGCCAAUAUGACAGAAACCCUUCAACUACCAGCACUGCAAGUCCCAGAACAACAGGAGGCGGGGAGUGGCCGCGUCUGGUCCAGUUCGUCCACUCCGACCCUGCGCCGAAGGCGGUUCAAGAUGAGGCGGAUGAAAAACGUCCAGGAACCGAGUCUAGAAGCCGCAUCCUCCUCCCACAAGGAAUUCCUACAACUCCCCUCCAUCGAAAUCACCCCUUCAAGCGAUGAGGAUACCCCUUGGUCAAACUGUUCCACACCCAGUGCCUCCCCACGGCGCAAGCGCUUCCUGCUGCGCAAGUGGCUAAGCGUGCGGGAGAAGAAGGAGUACAGUGAGAGCAGCAGCCAACAGAGCAGUCAGCAAAGCAGCCACGAUGAUGACACGUCCCGAUUCUUGAGCCCCCGAAUCCGUGACGACAGCACUGCCAGUAACUCGAACCGCAGCACUCCCGCUUGCUCCCCUAUCCUUCGCAAACGCUCCCGGUCUCCGACGCCACAGGACCUUCAAGGAGACGCCAUGGUGGAAAAAGGCUCGGACCACUCUUCAGACAAAUCCCCUUCCACGCCAGAGCAAGGUGUGCAGCGUAGCUGUUCCUCUCAGUCCGGUCGUAGUGGGGCCAAGAAUUCCAAGAAAAGCCAGAGUUGGUACAAUGUGCUGAGUCCAACCUACAAGCAGCGGAACGAAGACUUCAGGAAACUCUUCAAACAGCUUCCCGACACAGAGCGCCUCAUAGUCGAUUAUUCCUGUGCACUUCAAAGAGACAUUCUCCUCCAGGGCCGCCUCUACCUCUCUGAGAACUGGAUUUGCUUCUACAGCAACAUUUUCCGCUGGGAAACAUUGUUGACAGUUCGUUUGAAGGACAUCUGCUCCAUGACCAAGGAAAAAACUGCACGGCUCAUUCCUAAUGCUAUCCAAGUUUGCACUGACACUGAAAAGCACUUUUUUACUUCCUUCGGUGCCCGAGACAGGACAUACAUGAUGAUGUUCAGGCUGUGGCAGAACGCACUCCUUGAGAAGCCCUUGUGUCCGAAGGAGCUCUGGCAUUUUGUACAUCAGUGUUACGGUACUGAACUGGGGCUGACGAGCGAUGAUGAAGACUAUGUGCCUCCCGAUGAUGAUUUCAAUACAAUGGGCUACUGUGAAGAGAUCCAAGUGGAAGAAAAUGAAGUGAAUGACAGCUCCUCAAAAAGUAGCAUGGAAGCCAAACCAGAGGCCAGUCCCCAGCUCCCCAAGAAAUCUAUCACCAACAGCAGCACAUUAACACCCACAGGAAGUAGUGAAGCUCCAGUCCCAUAUGAAGGGAUUGUUCCUGAGGAACAGGAAGUUGUGGAAAUCUCUGUAGAGAAGGAGCUGACGAUCGCAAACAUCAUUGGAGACAAGAUAGAGAUCAUUGCCCCCGUGAAUUCCCCUUCCCUAGAUUUCAAUGACAAUGAGGACAUUCCGACUGAACUCAGCGACUCCUCGGAGACACAUGACGAAGGGGAAGUUCAGGCCUUUUAUGAGGAUCUGAAUGGUCGGCAGUACAUGAACGAGGUGUUCAACUUCAGUGUGGACAAGCUGUACGACCUGCUCUUCACAGACUCUCAGUUCCUGAGGGAUUUCAUGGAGCAGCGGAGAUUCUCUGAUAUUGUCUUUCAUCCCUGGAAAAAGGAUGAUAAUGGCAAUCAGAGUAGAGCUAUUCUCUACACCAUCACCCUCACCAACCCUCUGGCCCCCAAAACUGCCACUGUCACUGAGACUCAGACAAUGUACAAAGCGAGCCAAGAGAGCGAGUGCUACGUGAUAGACGCAGAGGUGCUAACUCACGAUGUCCCCUACCACGAUUAUUUCUACACAAUUAAUCGUUACACGUUGACGCGUGUCGCCAGAAACAAAUGCCGACUCAGGGUUUCUACGGAGCUACGAUACAGGAAACAGCCCUGGGGGCUAGUGAAAUCCUUCAUUGAGAAGAACUUCUGGAGUGGCCUGGAUGAUUAUUUCCGCCAUUUAGAGAGUGAACUGACCAAAACAGAGAGCACAUACCUAGCUGAGCUUCACCGACAAUCUCCCAAAGAGAAGGCAAGCAAACAAUCCACAGUGCGUCGAAGGAAACGACCCCACACUCACUUGAGGGGGCCACACCUGGAGGAAGUUCUGAGCCCUGUAACCACUCCCACAGAUGAGGAGGCAGUAGGUCGAAUCAAGCGUGUGGCAGGUUCCACACAAACACGGCACAUCCCCGAGGAAAGUCCCAGCGGCUUCCACUUACAGAGUGUCUCCAAGUUGCUGCUCAUUAUCAGUUGUGUUCUGGUGCUUUUGGUAAUCCUUAAUAUGAUGCUGUUCUACAAACUCUGGAUGUUGGAAUACACUACCCAAACUCUCACGGCAUGGCAGGGCCUGCGAUUACAGGAAAGGUUACCCCAGUCACAGACAGAGUGGGCCCAGUUAUUAGAGUCUCAGCAGAAGUAUCACGACACGGAACUCCAGAAGUGGCGGGAAAUCAUCAAAUCAUCUGUGAUGCUCCUAGAUCAGAUGAAGGACUCGCUAAUAAACCUUCAGAACGGCAUUGGGUCUCGUGACUACCGGUCUGAGCCAGACGAGAAGCGGAAACGGUUCCACUAGCAGGCGGGGAAUGCAAGCGGCCAGAGGAUUGUGUGCAAUAUGUAUACAUAGAAUAUAUAUAUAUAUAUAUACAGAAUAUAAAUAUAUAUAUAUAUAUAUUAUAUACAGAUUUUAAAAAGAGAAAAACGCCGUACGUACCGAGGAGAAAGAGCGGUGCCGUUCAACCUCCAGCACUGGCUGAAAUGGAGCGUCCCUUGGGUUGGGGCAGGGUGUUGCGGGGUGGCACCCUUCUGGCACUGAGGUGACACACAGCCCGUGCCAUCCUGGGCCCCACGCGCCUCUCUUGGUGUUUUCCUGGCUGUCUGUCUGUUUAUCCAUCUGUCUUUUAAAAUUUUCAUUCCUAAAGGGAAGAGUCAGAGGGAGCAAAACCUCACAUGGAGCUGAACGUUAAGGAGCGUGUGUGCUUUGGCAUUUAGAGCUGUGCGCUGAGGAUGGUGGGGGUGGUCUCGGACUAUGGGCUUUGUCUCCUCUGCGGGCUCCGCGCUGGCAGGUGCUGCAGGGAGCAUCUGUGUGUUCACUGAGCCAGAGUUCGUUUCACAGCAUCCUUUGACAGGGUUGUACUUUUCUCCCCCAGCUGGCUUGGUGCGUCCUUCUCCCAGCCUCUCUGUGACUUCAACUGCGGGCCCCAACAAGGUGCAGCAGCAUUCCAUGUAUCAUGGAAUGAAUUUGAGGGAGGGUGUGGUUACAGGGGGAGAACCCCGUGUUCAGUUCAGUCCUUGUUACUAACUCUCUUCAUGUGGGAGGAGUUAGAGAUGAAUGUAUUGUCUGUUUGUCAUAGGCUGUCCUCUCUGGAUGUUGGGAGAUUCUCUGAUUGUCAUGUAUUUGCAUCUUCACCCCUGUAUGUCCUAUGGAACUGCUGAUUCACUGAAAGGGCUAUAUGUACACAUAUACAUCUAUCCUUGCUGGAGGUGGAGGGGAAUUCCAAGCUGAGAAUCCUAUUAACCGGGCAUCCCUUAUUACUUAUAAUACAUUUCCAAAUCUUCCUCUGCUAAAAACCAAGUAAAUCAUAGCUUGGGAACCAAGCCUCAGACAUUACCGAGGGGCUUAAAAUACCCAUUCCUCCAACGGAAGCUCCCACAUCCUAAUUUGUGAUGAUUUUGUGCAUGGAUUUCUGGUUUUAUCUGCAUCUUGCACAGCUCCCAUCCAAGCAGAAUGUGUAAUGAAGAACCGUCGCAUAUUAAAUGAGGGACCUUUCUACUGCCUAAGCAGAUAAAUGUAUCUGCACUGAGAACUCAGCUGCCUUCCAGGAGCCCUACUCUCGGAAAGGUUACAGUGAGGAGGAAGGGCAUGGGGUGCUAUUGGGGGGGGGGGGUUCCAUUGGGCAGAGUGGUAGUUCUCUUUAUGGAGGGCUCUUUGUAACUCUUAGCAGCCCACUAAAAACCUUUCUUGCCUUUUGGUGACUUUGACAAGCCAGCCCUGGUGAUCUGGGACAGCGUCAGGAAAUAACGGGGUCAGAGAGCUUGACUGGCUGAAGAGCUAUGGAAACCAUGAAGAAUGUGUACUUUUAAAAUGUUGCGAACCAGGGUUAGUUUUUUUUUUUUAAUCGACACGGUUUUUUUGAGCGACACAAUUGGAGCAACCUCAAAUUGACAAAAAGUCAAAUCCCCCCAUUUGUUGUUGUUUUUAAUGGUAAAGAUAUUAGUCACAGUUAAUGAAGAUUAUAAUCCUGUAUAAAGAGCAGGCAAGUUGCCUUUUAGAGUGCAACUCAUGCGCACAAGAGAUGUGAUCUGGGGUGGCCGGGGGCUCUCCUCUGCCUGCCCUUUAGCACAAGGAAACAGUCAGGUAGAGCCAUGCAAAAAGGGGGCCUUUCAUGUUUCGGUGUACAGGGCUGGUGUCUGCCACCCACUCCUUGCCCAGACCAAAGGACUGAAUUGUAAUCGGAAGCAAACUGCGUCAUGCAGGGCCACCGGAGAGGUGAUGCAGGUUUCACAGAUGGAGAAGCUGAGUAAGAGUUCUCUUGGAAAAUGCCCAGUCUCAGAUGCUUAGCACCUUUCCAGAUUGGGGCUCUGCAUCUUCCCUCGGUAUAGAAUAGUUCUCUCUGCUCAUGGGCUGAAAGGGGCACCAGGGUUUAACCACAGGGACAGUGUGGCCGUCUUCUUCACUGGUUUGGCACAGGAGCUGCGGUCCGUGUGGGCAGUGUUGUGAAUGGACACCUGGUCCACGGAUACCUUUGAGCACUUUGCAUUUGUCUGAAGAGAUACCUCCAUCCCGCUAACCAAAAAGCAAGGAAGAUUUAUCUUAGAGCCUGAAAGGGGAUGGGAAAUCUUUUCCCCUUCAGAGCCAGCUAGCUGGCAAGAUAGGGCAGUUCCCGGAUAGUCAUUGCAGGGGCUCAGUGACCCAUUUUUCCCCCACACUGUGAAUACCUAGACAGGUGAUGCUGUUUGCGGUGAGCGUGUCGAGGCACGGGCUGCUGUCAGAGUAGCGGGAAACCCCAGGCACGGUGUUCAGGAGCCCUGGGGUGGGUGGAUAGGAAUUAUUUAUAUAAUUUAUUGUAUUUAUAUAGAAAUACAUUUAUGUAAUGCUGCUGAUUCAUUGGCAGUCUGUAGGAAAACUCAGCCUGCCAUUUGUAGGCGCUCAACAGAAGACGUCAUAGCCUUGUGAGGGAAAGAGGGUCUCCCUGAUCCGGCAUUUCGGAUGUGCUCAUGGAGCAUUCGUACAAAGGCUCCUCUUUCGAAGCUCGCACUGAGGCAGGGGCGGCAAGUUGGAGGCAGAGAUGAGGGGGGGAGACUCUUUUCCAGGACAAAAAGGGCAGGGUUAGCAAGAUAGCUGAAAAACCUGGACUCUUUUCUGCGUGACGGCCUCAGCAAGAAUCUCUUGUGGUGGUUUGCUGGACAGACUGCACAAGAAAGAUACUCUGCUCCCCCCCUACCCCCCGCAUUUUGAUGGAUGCAAGAAGAAAACCUUGUUCAAGGUGUGUUCUUUGGUCAUCUGAAUACGAACUCAGAAGCCCGGUUCGUUUUUAUAGAGGGAUCUAAGUCGUGCACCCCAAAGAAUAUGCAGGUGGCCCUCUCUAUUGGCAAGCAGGGGUGUGCCCUUACCGAGGAAGGAAUUGCUUCUGUGUGCCCCAGACAAACCAUUUAUUUGGGUGCAAAUCAGAGAAGUGCCCUCCAUAAUUUCUAUGAAGCUUAGCCAUACCUUAUUUUAAACUCUGUGUUGCGUUAAUAGUUUGCAGUGCAGAAACGGGAAAAUGGAGUGUUAAGUGUAUUUAUACUUUUCUCUGAAGUGCACCCAAUCCAGCUAUGGAUGUCGUCAUUGGGAAAGAUCCGGUUGUCUGAAACAUGUUGACAAUCACUCUGGCUGUCUUUAGCGGGUGCUUGCGGACAGAAAGGUGUUGACAUGCUUGUAGGUCUCCUUUGCACUCGCUUCUGCCUUGCAAAUAAUUCUUAAAGGCCAUGGCUGAAUUUUAGCUGCAUUUGUAUACCCCAGACUCUAAGAAUUUGAUCUAAGAAUUUCACCUCUGCCACUUGACUUUCAGCACAACUGCACAGGAAGCUAGCAAACAUGCCGGCAGAGGCAUUGGACUCCCAGAUCAGAUAAAUCAUCAUGCCUGGUUUCCAUUGUGGGCUUCUCAGUUAGAGAAAUUUUCAGCUUAAAAAAAAAAAUCUGUUCCAGUUUUGGCAGGUCUAGAAUGGAACACCCAAUCUACAGAGCGAUACAGGCAAUUCCUGACUGAUCCACAAGAGGGCGUGUGUUCCCAAAUUUUGCUCCCCCGCCCUCUUAAUUUCUCCCCUCUUUCUCAGGCACCCGCCCCCUGCUUUUCUGAAGCACAGGUGAAUCUAUUUUUGUGCCAUAACACCUCCCCAUCCCCCUCCCACGUGCUAAUCCGCCAAAUUGGAGUGUUAACUUGCAGCAUGGCUUGCUGAGAUGCAACUACACCCCUUCCUUGUGGAGAGACGGUGCUGAUGAGCUGCUCGUGCUAGAACAUGCUCCCCCGCUGGAAACAGGCGAAACCUGACGGCUUCUCACUUUUCUAUGCAUUCUGCCGUUCCUCCGUCCCCUCUCUGCCUAGCUGUGGUACAAUCGCCCCCCACUCCACCCCGGAUCCCAGGCUGCAGGGGCUUGAUGUGGUGCUACCCCAUAUUUCUCUUUUCCACUUUCCUCCCUGGGGUGUGUUCCGAAAUGAAUGUGUGGUACUGUGGUGAGGAAAAGAGGAAAAUUCGACUUCUCCCUUCCUUCCUUCCGAAGGAAUUCCGUUUGCACAUGGCUCAGAGCGUCUUCUCUCUGGCCAUUUUUUAAUUACCUCACUUAUUUUGGACAGUUUCGUUGCUAAGGUUUGAAGGACUGGCUUCUCAACCUGAGCUUUGCAUUCGAUUUUGAGGUGGUGCCGGGGUGGCAUAGCAUAGCUCCAGACUGCGAGCCCCUUGGGUGAUUCCUCUGGUUUCCAAACUCCCCUUUGCAGUGUGAGAGUCCUUGAGCGUUUGACUUCUGUGGCAGCUCCCGAAUCCGGCAGCAGCAGGGAAGAAGGGGCCGCAUCGAGGUCAUCCCUGUGCAUUGGCCAGGAUGACUAGAAGAACCCCUCUCUCCUGCUCCUCCCCUCCUUCAGCGUGAACAUCUGGCCUAGACCCCGACAUUGCUUGCUCACAUAAUGAAGUUCCCCCUGCUACAUUUCAACACUUUAAAUGAAGGAGGGUUUGAGGGGGGAGACAUGAAGGGCACAGAGGAGAGAGACUACAUAGUACCCUCCAUUGCCUCCCCUCCAGAAUAUUUCUUGCCGCUGGAAGUGUUUGUGGUGGCAAGACAUAACGGUGGAGCUUGGCCACAUGCGGAAGGAAUCUUGGUUGCGUCUGUAGGAGUUGUCUGGCUGUCUGCGUGUCUGAAUCUGUAACUAUAAUAAGCUUUGCGCUGUGCGCAAGGUCCAAUACAAACUGAUUUAAAAACACACAAACUUGACUGCUAGAACCUAGGAGUUACAAAGGCUACAAAGCCAAAAUCUUAAUGUAAAGUAGCUAGGGGAAAAAAUGGAAUACAAAGUAUGAAUAAAAAUAUA